CCUUCGUUGCUCGUAAAACUUGUUCGAGUCUCUCUCUCUCUCUCUCUCUCUCUCUCCGGAGCCUCCCGUGCGCAAGAAGUUAGAAGUUAGGAAUCUAGGGUUUUGAUCGGGAACUCCGCUUCGAUCAGAGCGAAUUUGGUUGGACGAGAAGAUGUUUGGGAGAGCGCCGAAGAAGAGCGACAACACGAGGUACUAUGAGGUACUUGGAGUGUCCAAGAACGCUUCCCAGGACGAUCUCAAGAAGGCCUACAAGAAGGCCGCUAUUAAGAACCAUCCUGACAAGGGCGGCGAUCCCGAGAAGUUCAAAGAGCUGGCCCAGGCUUAUGAGGUACUAAGUGACCCUGACAAACGUGAGAUCUACGACCAAUAUGGUGAAGAUGCACUCAAAGAGGGAAUGGGUGGUGGUGGCGGUGGUCAUGACCCAUUCGACAUCUUCUCAUCUUUCUUUGGUGGGAGUCCAUUUGGAGGUGGUAGCAGCAGGGGACGAAGGCAGAGACGUGGGGAAGACGUAGUCCAUCCUCUGAAGGUUUCUUUGGAGGACCUUUACCUUGGGAUAUCUAAGAAGCUCUCACUUUCUCGAAAUGUAUUAUGUUCAAAGUGCAAGGGCAAAGGGUCGAAAUCUGGAGCUUCAAUGAAGUGCGCUGGUUGUCAGGGAACUGGUAUGAAGGUUACAAUUAGGCACCUUGGCCCCUCUAUGAUUCAGCAGAUGCAGCAUGCUUGCAAUGACUGUAAGGGUACUGGAGAGACUAUCAGCGACAAAGACCGCUGCCCACAAUGCAAAGGAGAGAAGGUUGUCCAGGAAAAGAAGGUGUUGGAAGUCAUUGUGGAGAAGGGCAUGCAGAACGGACAGAGGAUUACAUUCCCUGGUGAAGCAGAUGAGGCGCCUGACACAGCCACUGGGGAUAUAGUCUUCGUCCUUCAGCAGAAGGAACAUCCAAAGUUCAAGAGAAAGGGUGAUGACCUUUUUGUGGAGCACACAUUAUCCCUGACAGAGGCUCUUUGCGGCUUCCAAUUUGCAUUGACCCACUUGGAUGGAAGACAGCUCCUUAUAAAAUCGAACCCUGGGGAAGUUGUCAAGCCUGACUCGUUCAAGGGAAUCAAUGAUGAAGGGAUGCCAAUGUACCAGAGGCCAUUUAUGAAGGGGAAAUUGUACAUUCAUUUCACUGUCGAGUUCCCUGAUUCUCUGACUCUAGAGCAGGUUGGGGCAUUGGAGGGUGUUCUGCCACCUAGGCCAUCGUCCCAGCUGACAGACAUGGAGGUGGACGAGUGUGAGGAGACUACACUGCAUGAUGUCAACAUUGAGGAGGAGAUGAGGAGGAAGCAGGCCCAGGAGGUAUAUGAUGAAGAUGAAGACAUGCACGGUGGUGGGGGUGCUCAGAGGGUGCAAUGUGCCCAGCAGUGAUGAUCCAUUAUUUGGUCGGAAAAUGCAUUGUGGGUGGAUAUUGGGAAGUGGGUUAUAUCUUUUUUGCCUGAUUAGUGAUCAUUUAAAACAGUUUCCUUUAUGAUUUAAGUCAUGUAAUCUCCAACACUUCAUAAUAUGACUACAUUUCUUUGAACUCU